AGAAGGGUGUCGACGGAGAGAGGAAGGGGUAGAGGAGAAGAGGAGGGGAGGAAUAGAGGAGGAAUAAUAUAUUAAUAUUACAAGCUUCUAACAAUGGCGGCUAAAUCGGACGGGGUGCUGAAGAUGAAGAAGAGCGACGUGGCCUUCACUCCCCUGCAAAAUUCGGAGCACUCCGGCUCGGUGCAGGGGCUCCACCCGGGCGGCCAGCCUGACUCUGCUGGCACCGGGGACGGGGACUUCGCAAACGGGGAGUCGCGGUGCUGCGGCGGGGGAGGCUCCAACUCGACGUGCCUUCGCCUGAGCAGGGAGCAGCAGAAAUACACGGUGUGGGACUGCUUAUGGAUCGUAGCCGCAGUGGCCGUCUAUCUGGCUGAUGUGGGCACCGACGUGUGGCUGUCAGUCGACUACUAUCUCCGCCGAGACUACUGGUGGUUCGGCCUGACGCUGUUCUUCGUGGUGCUGGGCUCCUUCUCCGUCCAGCUCUUCAGCUUCAGAUGGUUCGUCCACGACUUCAGCACCGAGGACGGCCCGGGCUCCGCCGCCGACUGCUCCCACAUGGACGGGAACAAGCUGCUGAGCGGCUCGGCUUCACACGGCGACGUUACCUCUCAGCACCACCCGGCCACACCGCAGAGACAGGCGUCGACCGCCAGCAAAAACACCACGACCAACAGCACCGCCAGCACCGCCGGGGGAAGCCGGAGUAAAAAACGAUCGGCGUCUUACUCUUUCUGCGUCUGGUUCGCCCAGUCCCUCAUCCACAUCCUCCAGCUGGGCCAGAUAUGGAGAUAUUUGCACACCAUUUACCUGGGUGUACGGAGCCGUCGGAGUGGCGAGACAGACCGCUGGCGUUACUACUGGAGGAUGGUCUAUGAAUUUGCUGACGUGAGCAUGCUGCAUCUACUGGCCACGUUUCUGGAGAGUGCUCCACAACUAGUGCUUCAGCUUUGCAUCAUCAUACAGACACACAAGCUACAGGCUGUGCAAGGUAUGACGGCAGCAGCCUCCCUCGUGUCUUUGGCCUGGGCCCUGGCCUCCUACCAGAAAGCUCUGCGAGACUCCCGGGACGAUAAGAAGCCCAUCAGCUACCUGGCCGUGGUCAUUCAGUUCUGCUGGCACUUCUUCACCAUCGCAGCAAGGGUGAUCACGUUUGCUCUGUUCGCCUCGGUGUUUCAGCUCUACUUCGGUAUCUUCAUCGUCCUGCACUGGUGCGUCAUGACCUUCUGGAUCGUUCACUGCGAGACAGACUUCUGCAUCAGCAAGUGGGAGGAGAUUGUGUUUGACAUGGUGGUGGGUAUCAUCUACAUCUUCUCCUGGUUCAACGUCAAGGAGGGGCGAACAAGGUGUCGUCUGUUUAUCUACUACCUGGUGAUCCUCGUGGAGAACGCUGCUCUCAGUGCGCUGUGGUACCUCUACCGGUCGCCUCACGCCACUGACGCCUUUGCCGUACCGGCGCUCUGCGUCAUCUUCAGCAGUUUCUUGACUGGUGUGGUCUUCAUGCUCAUGUACUACGCCUUUUUCCACCCUAAUGGGCCUCGCUUCGGACGCUCGCCAAGUGGCCAAGCCCUUGACCUGGACCCCACCGCUCAGUUCUCCACCCUAACGUCUGAGGGUGCCACUAACUCACUGCGCUCCAACCGCGGGGGCACGACGACCCUGGAGCGCGACAUGGGGAAGUACUCAGAACGGGAUGGCUGCAUGCCAGUGUUUCAGGUUCGUCCCACAGUGCCGUCCACACCAUCUUCCCGUGCUCCCCGCCUUGAAGAGACGGUCAUCAAGAUUGACCUUUGUAGGAACCGCUACCCGGCAUGGGAGCGUCACGUCCUGGACCGCAGUAUACGCAAGGCCAUCCUAGCCAUAGACUGCUCUACGACUCCCCCACGACUGCAGUACAAAGAUGACGCUCUGGUGCAGGAGAGGUUGGAAUAUGAGACCACGUUAUAG